CCAUGUCUCCGCCCGCAGCUGAUUCGUACCCGCCUCCUCCGCCACCGCUACGACCACCGCCACCGCCGCCACCUCUUCCUCCACCGCCUCCUCCUUCGGCGAUUCACACCCGAGCACACGAACACUGCCACUGCCACCCCGGCCGCCUCGCUCUCUUCAGUAUGGAAUCACCUCGGUGCCCGGCCACCAAAAUGGCGCCGGCUCCGCGCAUGCGCAGGACGCUGACCCGACCGGGCGGCGCAGCCGCUCCCGUUGUAGCCCCAUACGUCUCAGCCGCGAGCCGGGAGCUGCGAGCUCCGCGUCGCGCCGCGCGUCUCUGCUGGAGUUGCGGCCGCGUGGCUCCGCCCUGCCGGCGUUUGGGGCCUGAAGGGUGCGGCCUCCGUGCUGGCCUGCCGUACGGGGAGCCUCCCGGGUCGCCUCCUCUUCCUCCGCCUUUCUUCAAACCUGUGUGGUAUGGUCGGGGCUUCCAGCUCCCGGUCAAAGGCUGGAGUGCAACCUGACGGGUUCAUACGGCGCCACUCGGCUUGGAACACUGCCCUGAACUCAACCAGACCCAGAACCCACGGGCUUAAUGCGCUUGGCUGUGUGUAUGAAAACACUAUCCCAGAACUCAGACUGGCCCGUUUUCUGCUACUUAUAGGCCCAGAAAAUCCACCGCUGUCCGUUUUUGUUCUGAAGCCAUUACAGUGCCACUAUUACGAUCAUGCCAGCCUCUGCAUCAAGAUCACUCCGAGGAAGGAGCUCAAUGUUACAACUUUUCCCCACUAGAGGGAAGACCAAACUCUGAGGGACAAACUGAGAAUGGCCACUGCAGGAUUUUCGAUGUGAG